UGUGGAAGCCAGAUUCCCAACACACACCCCGCCUGCAUCCUGAUGAGGAGGAGCUAAUGUGGCCUGGAUGCAGGGGCUCCCUGCUACACCAGCCCUCUCUGACACGGGUGUAAUCUCUCUCCCCCUCUUCCUCCUGCCGACUGCCCAUCUGCGUGCGAUUUCAGGGAAGACUCCGGGGAGAGGGAGGACGGGCUGCGAGGGAAGGAAGCCGCCUGCAGUUUGUUUCGCAGGACUUCAGCUGGGCUGGCGUGAGCAGCAACCACAUCUGGGGGGCUGCAGGCAGCUGAAGAGUCAAAACAACGGAGCCAGCAAGCCGAAGGGAGCUGACACCCGCGUUGGCGUGACGAUAACCAGAAGCCAGGCGAGCAACUUUGGAUGAAGAAGGGGAAAUGGCUUUAACUGUUCUCCCCUCCCUUUGCUGGUUUUCCAUCUUCCUGGGACUUAUCUGUCCAGCAUUUGGCUCCAGCUACGGGGGACAGCAAGCUCCUGUGUUAAAAGUUUGUGGGAAAGGAUAUUUCCUCAGCAAAUUAAGCAAGUGCUUGCCUUGUAACUGUGGAGGACACUCCAUCAACUGUGAAGACAUAACAGGGAUUUGUAUUGACUGCCAGAACAACACUAAAGGGGAUUUUUGUGAAGAGUGCCAUGAUGGAUUCACUGUCGAAAUCACAGCAGGGGGAGACCAUAUUUGUUGGCCUUGUGCCUGUCCCCUUCCACUCAUUUCAAACAAUUUUGCAGUGUCCUGUGAAAAGCGGGGGAAAACAGAGCGCUGUAUGUGCCAGGAGGGCUACGCGGGCCCCAUUUGCGAACGAUGUGCUCCGGGUUACUAUGGAAACCCCUUACGAGUUGGCGACACCUGUAAGAAAUGCGACUGCAACGGCAACACGGAUCCGAACCUCAUAUUCAGCGACUGCCACAACGUGACCGGCCACUGCCAGACCUGCUGGCGCAAUACAGCCGGCGUCAACUGCGAGCGAUGCGCUCCGGGGUUCUUCGGAGAUGCCAUCAGCGCUAAGAAUUGCAGAGAAUGUCCCUGUAAUAAGUGUGGCACACAGUCUUGUGAUGACAGGACAGGAAGGUGUCAUUGUAAACCGGGAGUUACAGGACCAUUAUGUGACAGAUGUGAGGCUGGCUACUCUGGAUUCACGAGCUGCCUGGGAUGCAGGAAGUGUGAGUGUGCUUUGGCCUCUGUCCGGCGCGCCUGUAAUCCGCUGACUCAGGCUUGUGAAUGCCAGCCUGGUGCCACUGGACAGCACUGUGAACACUGCAGCAGUGGCUACUGGAAGUACGGGCCUUCAGGCUGCCAGGAGUGUGACUGUGAUGGAGGACCGUGUGACAGCCGGACUGGGGAGUGCCUCCCGGAGCCCUCUGUACCCCCAAAGGUCUGCAACAUCAGCUGCGAUGAAUGCAUCUGGUAUUUAAUCGAUGACAUCCUGUCAUCAAACAAGACAUUGCAGGAAGUCAAAGCAAACAUCAUAAACAUCUCUACUGGAGCAGUGGCCAACAGUCAUCUUAGUCAAAUCAAUGCCACAAUCCUGCACCUGCAGAGUCAGUUUCGGAAGUGGAGAAAUCAAUCUGACAUUAUCAAAACUCAAACAGCAGUUGUGAAGGAUGCUGCGCUCGUUGUCCAGACAAACCUGGAGAAGCUGGAAGAAAAGGAGAGUUCAGCAGUGUUUCAGGGAAAGAAAGUGGACCAGGAAACCAGAGACAUUUAUCUACAUGCUGAUCAGCUGAAAAGGAAUCUGUUCUCACUUGGAAGCCAAAUUCAAGAUAUUGUAAGCGACUGGGCUUUCUACAGUGUGGUGCACGACCUGACUCUGGAGGAAGUCUCCCAGAGGAUCUCAGAGUCUGAGUAUAUGGUGGAGAACAUGAGAAAAAUAGAUUUCCCCUCGCAAGAACCUACCGCAAAAGAGGAGGCUGUCAAAGCCCAGGAACUUCGCAGGAAGGUCCUCCAACUAGGGAAGAGGCUAAACAGCACUGUGGGACAGAUUUCACCCAUACGAAACCAGAUCUCCGACUUCAGCCGCAAGCUGUCUGACUCGAGGGAAUUUCUCGGGGAGGCCGUGAGAACCACCCACAGCACUGUGGAGAAGAACAAAGACAAUCUUGUCAAAUUCCAGAGGAAUGAGGAUUUGCGGGACGCUCUGAUGGAAAAUUAUGGCAUGGUGAAUGAGACCCUACAGCUGGCGGGAGAUGUGAUCACUGAUACAGGUCUGAUUGCUGCCGAGUUGGACACUCUCAUAAAGAACGUGUCCGAGUUCCACGCCGCAGUGGACGGGGCGGGCGGACUCCUGAAGCAGAAGGCGGACAAUCUUUCCAGGGCGGAGGGAGACCUGGUGCACCGGGCCGCGGAGCACGCCAGGGAGCUGCAGAGGCUGGCUCUGGAUCUGGAAUAUAAUCUGAAAAACAUCGAUGCCAAUGGGUUUGUUCAGAAAGCAGUAAACGCUUCCAAUGUGUAUGAAAACAUUGUCAAGUAUAUAGAGGAAGCAAACGCUACCGCAGAAACUACACUUAACUUUGCGCAGAGGGCUGAUGAUGCAAUAUCGGGAAUCACAGCUGAGGUCGGCUUCAAUAAACAAAAAAGCCGUGAGGUUUUUGUAGGAGCCACUAACGUACAGACAAGACAAGAUGAGUCAGAAGCUUCACUGAGUGACAACAGGAAAUAUGUAGAUGAAACAAAGGAGACAAUGAGUGAAGUUAGACAAAAACUGUCAGAAGCUUUAAGUCGACUCAAUACCAUUGAUAAAGUUAAUACGGCACAGCGCCUGACGUUUGCAAGAGGGGUUGCGGAGAGUACCCUGAACAACACAGCUCAGGUCCUGCAGAGUAUCAGUCCCGUCAAUGCGGAAGUCCAGGAGUGGGCGAGAAACCUGAACAAUUCGGAAUAUGACACCUCUGCAUACAAGCUGGCAGUGAACACAGCAGGGGAAGCAGUGGAAAGCCUAACAGAGAUAGUCCCCGAACUGCUGGAUAAACUGCGAGUAGUGGAAGAGAAAAAGCCCGUGAAAAAUAUUUCCACCAACAUCAUGAGAAUCAGAGAGCUCAUUGCCCAGGCCAGGAGUGUAGCCAGGAAGGUCCAGGUCUCCAUGAAGUUUGAUGGUCAGACAGCUGUUGAAGUCCACCCUCAGACAAACCUUGAAGAGCUGAAGACUGUCACUUCCAUAAGUUUAUACAUGAAGAUAGAAACUGAAAAGGAGCCUGUGCAAAACAGAUUCAUCUUCUAUCUGGGUAAUAAAAAUGGCAGAAAGGACUAUAUGGGCCUUGCUAUCAAGAACAAUAACCUGGUCUACAUCUACAAUCUUGGAGGUGGUGAUAUCGAAAUCCCCUUGAGUUCGAAGCCUGUCAGUACUUGGCCCCCUUCUUUCAACCUUGUGAAAGUGGAAAGGCUCGGCAGACAUGGGAAGGUGUUCUUCACUGUACCGAGCACCGUCAGGAGCACGGCCGAGCAGAAGUUCAUUCAGAAGGGGGAAGCUCCUGGGGUGGAGUCCCUGUUUGACCUGGACCCUGACAACACGGUCCUCUUUGUCGGGGGCGUUCCUCCAGACUUCAGGCUGCCAUCCAGUCUGAACCUUCCCGCUUUUGUUGGAUGCAUUGAGUUGGGCACCAUGAACAAUGAGGUGGUCAGCCUGUACCACUUCAAGCAAACACACAAUGUUGACACCACAGCCACGCCUCCUUGUCCCAGAAACAAACUUGCUUUUGCACAGAGCAAAAUAACCAGCUACCUUUUUGACGGAACUGGCUUUGCUCUUAUCAACAAUAUUGGAAGAAGGGGAAAAUUUGGAGCUGUAACACGAUUUGACUUUGAAGUGAGAACCGUGGUGGACAAUGGUCUUCUCUUGUUGAUGGUCAAUGGGACCAAUUUCUUCAUACUUGAGAUAAAAGAUGGCCUCCUGAGCCUUGUUUAUGACUUUGGGUUCAGCAAGGGCCCUGUUACCCUGGAAAGCAACUCAACAAAACUGCGAAUUAAUGAUGCAAGAUCUCACGAGAUUUCUGUCAUUUAUCAUCAGUCAAAGAAAGUCAUUUUACUGGUGGACAGAAGCCAUAUAAAAACUUUGGAGAGUGAGCAGAAGCAAAUGCCUUUCUCAGAUAUCUAUAUUGGAGGAGCUCCCUCCAGCAUCUUAAUGUCCAGACCUGAACUAGCUGCGCUUGUGGGCCUGAAAGGUUGUCUCAGAGGCUUCCAGUUCCAGAAGAAGGACUUCAACUUGCUGGAGGAGCCAGGCAGCAUUGGAAUCAGCUAUGGGUGUCCAGAGGAAUUAUUUAUGUCCCAUCAAGCAUAUUUCAAAGGGGAAAGCUUCUUGAGCUCCAGUGCAAAAAUUUCUCCAUUUCACAGUUUUGAAGGAGGCUUUAAUUUCAGAACCCUGCAGUCCGAUGGGCUUCUUUUCUACCACAGUAACGGGCCUGAUGAAUUUGCCAUCUCAUUGGAAAACGGAGCAAUCAUUCUUAAUUCCAAAGGAGUCAAAGUACAGUCUGAUGAGAAGCAUUACAGUGAUGGGAAGACUCAUUUUCUUGUAGCAUCAGUCACACCUGAAAAGUAUCAGUUGAUAGUUGAUGACAAAGAUAAACAAGCCAGAAGUCAUGCAGGUUCCUCACAGUCAGCAGCCUCAGCACCAAACAAAUUCUAUUUUGGAGGGACACCAAGCAGUCAGUUCUUGAAUUUCACGGGCUGCAUUAGCAAUGCAUACUUUAGCAGGCAUGACAGAGAUAUAGAAGUCGAAGAUUUUCUCAAGUAUACCGAGAAAGUCCAGACUUCACUGUAUGGGUGUCCAAUUGAGAAACCCCCUGCUGCACUACAUUUGAAACAAGGAAGAAAUACUUCCAGAUCAAAGAAGGGCAAGACAAAGAAGGUGGGUAGAGACAAAUUGAGCAUUCCACACGAUCCCAUCAGCUUGAAGAUCAGCCCAGAAGAACACCCCGGGUCAGAGAAGACACACUGCUAUCUGUCAAGCCAGCCUAGAGCCACCCUUCACGCUCAUCACUAUGGAGGAAUAGCAAACAGCCGCCAGGAGUAUGGCCGCAUUCCUCAGUUCUUCAAUGAAAGGUCCCACUUCUCCCUCAGCCUGAGAACUCACUCCUCCUUUGGGCUGAUCUUCUAUGUGUCAGACGAGGCGGAGGACAACUACAUGGCUCUGUUCCUCGCUCACGGGAAAUUAAUUUACACCUUCAACGCUGGAAGCUCUAAGCUGAAAAUCAAAAGCCAGGAGAAAUACAACGAUGGCAUGUGGCACAACGUUAUUUUUACCCGCAGUGGAAAUGAAGGGCGUUUAAUUAUUGAUGGUCUCAGAGUGCUGGAGGAGCGCAUCCCUACAGCUGACACCCUCUGGCGCGUCGCUGGCCCGUUUUAUGUGGGGGGGGUCCCACCUGGGAAAGCGCUGAAGAACAUACAGAAAAGCUCUGUAUACAGCUUCACUGGCUGUAUAAAGGACUUCCAGCUGAAUGGAGAAUGGAUGUCUUCAAUCACACAGACAUUUGGCGUCACACCUUGUUUUGAGGAACCUUCUGAAUCCGGAACGUAUUUCUCAGAGGAUGGGGGAUACUUAGUUUUGGAUGACUCCUACAACCUGGGACUGAGGUUUGAGCUGGUAUUCGAAGUGCGUCCCCGAGCUCCUUCAGGGGUGCUCCUGCACUUGUACACUGCUGAAGGACACUACCUCAACAUGCACCUUCACCAAGGGCAGGUUGUUGUUCAAGUCAACAACGGAAUCCGGGAAUUUGCAACUCGUGUGACUCCGAAGCAAAGCCUCUGUGAUGGCCGAUGGCACAGGAUUGCAGUUAUCAGAGAUGCCAACGUGGUGCAGCUGGAUGUGGACUCUGAGGUGAACCACGUGGUCGGACCUCUCAACCACAGAGCAGUUGACAGCAGAACCCCAGUGUUUAUCGGAGGAGCACCAGCAUCUCUGCUUCCACAAAGCCUGGUCACCCACCGGCCGUACACAGGCUGCAUGAGGAGCCUGGCAGUCAACGAGACACCAGUGAGCUUCGGCAAAGCUGCCCUCGUCAGCGGAGCUGUCGGUGUCGGCUCCUGUCCAGCGGAGUAGCAGAAGGCCCACAGCACUGCGGCCACAAGGCACAGCCAGACCUGUGUGGUCUUACUAUCUCUCUACUGUCUCCCUGAGCAAGAGAAUAAAAUGGCAUCUUCACUGCACGUGUUCCCUACGCCUGCAUCGAUUAAAGAAUACCAAAGACUUCUGGCUCUCAGAGCGCAGCCUAUCAUCCUGAAUAAUCAUUUUGUAAUUCUCAUAAUCUGGCUGUCGAGUCUUUGUAAUUUAAAAAGAAAACUGUAAAAGAUCCCUAAUUUCCUUCAGGGGGAGGAGACAUUUCUUUUUCGUGACGCUCAGAGAUGUUUCUAUACAGGUUUAUCAGUGGAAAACAUGCCAUAGAUUAUUUUUUUUUAAAAGUUGUUGUAGAUCUUUUGAGUUUCAAUACACUGAUUAAUUGGGUAACUUUAAUUUCUCCUUCAUGGCCAUUACUACAUCAUGAAUUUCUUACUAUAUUCCCUUGCAAAAAUCUUCCAUUUUUACUGGUGCUGCAGUGAGAGCUAGAUUUUCUUUUCUUUAAAAUAAGUGCAGAUCCAGCAUCAUCACUUAAAAUCACAAUAUAAAGCAAAAAUGCCACGGCCCUUUUUACUUAAAAUGAAAACACGGGAAGACCCUUUAUGUGUUUUGAAUAUGUCUUUUGUCACACUGUAUUACUGUUAACACCAGGCAAAUUUAUAUGCAGUCAUUUUUGCUUUAAAGAUAUGCUAAACCUAUCAUUUGUGUGGACAAUAAAAAGAAUAGCAUUUCAUUUC